GCGUAAUGAGACUAGAAACGAUCUCCUUCCGCUCCUCAGUCUUCCCCUGUUCCCAAAGCCGAAUCAAUCCGGGAAUAAGCCCGACGCCCAGAUUCCGCCCUCCGCCGUGGCGCCGGGCGGGAGGACUGGCUUGGCGAAGCCAAGGAGAGCUAGGGAGGCAGCGAGAGAGGCUGGAGACAGCGGCUUAGGGGCGGGACUCUUUUUAAAGUCCGUGAAGGAAGUGCAGGAUCCCUCCGCGGGGAGUCACGUGCCCCGCCCCCUUGGGGGCGUCGAAACUCACAACAAAAACAGGAGGCUCACUGAGGCCUCUAUUGAGGCGGCGGAGGUGCGGCGGCAGGCUGGUCUCCGGCGGCCGUCGUUGCGCCCGGGUGGAGGGUGGGCGCGUGGGGAGCGGGAUGGAGCCGGGGCUGUGAGGCCGAGGCGGCGGUGCCUGGGAAGAAGGGUCGGAUGCCGGGCCGGGGGCACCGCUGAGGCAGUGGGGUCCCCGACCUGCGAGACAGGUUCGGAAGUCCCCGCUGCACCCAGUCCCUGCGGACCGUGAGACCGCGGGCGGGUGGAGGCGCGUCUCCGGCACGAUGAAGGAUUUGGGGGCAGAGCACUUGGCAGGUCGUGAAGGGGUCCAACUCCUCGGAUUGUUGAACCUCUACCUAGAACAAGAAGAGAGAUUCCAACCUCGAGAAAAAGGGCUGAGUUUGAUUGAGGCUACCCCGGAGAAUGAUAACACUUUGUGUCCAGGAUUGAGAAAUGCCAAAGUUGAAGAUUUAAGGAGUUUAGCCAACUUUUUUGGAUCUUGCACUGAAACUUUUGUCCUGGCCGUCAAUAUUUUGGACAGAUUCUUGGCUCUUAUGAAGGUGAAACCUAAACAUUUGUCUUGCAUUGGAGUCUGUUCUUUUUUGCUGGCUGCUAGAAUAGUUGAAGAAGACUGCAAUAUUCCAUCCACUCAUGAUGUGAUCCGGAUUAGUCAAUGUAAAUGUACUGCUUCUGACAUAAAACGGAUGGAAAAAAUAAUUUCAGAAAAAUUGCACUAUGAAUUGGAAGCUACUACUGCCUUAAACUUUUUGCACUUAUACCAUACUAUUAUACUUUGUCAUACUUCAGAAAGGAAAGAAAUACUGAGCCUUGAUAAACUAGAAGCUCAGCUGAAAGCUUGCAACUGCCGACUCAUCUUUUCAAAAGCAAAACCAUCUGUAUUAGCCUUGUGCCUUCUCAAUUUGGAAGUAGAAACUUUGAAAUCUGUUGAAUUACUGGAAAUUCUCUUGCUAGUUAAAAAACAUUCCAAGAUUAAUGACGCCGAGUUCUUUUACUGGAGAGAGUUAGUUUCUAAAUGCCUAGCUGAGUAUUCUUCUCCUGAAUGUUGCAAACCAGAUCUUAAGAAGUUGGUUUGGAUUGUUUCAAGGCGCACAGCCCAGAACCUCCACAACAGCUACUAUAGUGUUCCUGAGCUGCCAACGAUACCUGAGGGGGGUUGUUUUGAUGAAAGUGAAAGUGAGGACUCUUGUGAAGAUAUGAGUUGUGGAGAGGAGAGUCUCAGCAGCUCUCCUCCCAGUGAUCAAGAGUGCACCUUCUUUUUCAACUUCAAAGUGGCACAAACACUGUGCUUUCCAUCUUAGAAAUCUGAUUAUUCUGUCAGAAUUUAUAUGUACAGGUUUCAAAGCAAUAAAUGGGGGAAUAGGUAGUUUUCUGGUUUAGCCCCCAUCUAGUCAGGAAUUACAUAUACUGGAAUACCUACCUUCUAUUUGUUAUUCAGAUCAGAUCUGGCCUAUUUUCUUAUUUAUCCUAAGCCAUCAAAUGAGGUAGUGCCUCUUAAACCAUUAACAGUAUACUUUAGACAUUGGCACUUUAUUUUUCUUGUUGAUCUUUAGCUACUUUGGGGAGGAGGGAAGGUGCUGAUACCUUCAAUUUGUUACUUUUCAAGAUUUUUAAAAAUAACUAGUGUAGCUUAUCUUAAACAUUUUAUAAAACCUUCAGAUGUCUUUAUUUAAGCAGAUUGGAAGUAUGCAAGUGCUUCCUUAGCAGGGACAGUGGAUAAUACUUAAAUGGUUUAUCAUAGAUUGCCCCCUCCCCCCUUCUCAGAAGAGUGAAUAUGCUCUUAAAUGUCAAACACAUUUUUGUUUUGUUUUUUAAAUGAUCAGUGUCUAUUUGAUGUGAUUGCAGAUCUGCAGAAAUAAUUAGGCUAGGGCUCUUAGUUUCAUUCCUAUUGCCCAAGUAUUGUCAAACUAUGGUAUUAUUUUAAUGUUACUUUAAAAAUCCAUAAUCUGCUAGUUUUGCAUGUACUUGUAUGAAAACAGUGCAGUAAGUUGAAAACCCAGUAUCUAUGGAAUUGAUAAAUGUUGAUCUGGUGGUACAUUUUAUCUCAUUUUCUUAUAUUAAAAAUGUCUGCAUGAUUACGUUUUAUUUCCUUUGUAAUUUACAUUUCAAAAUGAUGUAUUGCUAUAUGGGUGCCAAGAUUGAGUAUGAAUAACCCGAGUGUUUGUAGUAUUAGAGUUUUAAGCAAAUCUGUGUGGUGAUACAGCCAUAAGAAUGGGGCUUAUAUAAACUCUGUACAUGUAUGAUUUUGUACAGAGAAUUUUUAACUUUAUAAAUUGUAUAUGAACAUGUAAAUCUUUUAAAAUGUACAUAAAAUACUGUAUUUUUUUACCUUGUGUGUGAUAGUCUAGUCAUUGCAUGUAAAUAUAAUUUAUUAUGUAUUCUGUAGUAUAAAUCAUACGUUGAUGACUUACAUUUUUACUGGUAAGUCAACAUCCAUUGGAUGUUUUCUGAAGUGGCUCUUUUUGAAGUGAUAAUAGAUUGUAAUUCAAAAUAAAAUUAUUACUGAAUUCUCCUU